AACAAUAAUAGUUACCUCUACUACGUGGUGAUGGUGAUGAAUGUUGCUUGAAAACGGACGCUAACUCGCAAUUGUUGUUCAUUCUACGAGCAACCGGAGCAACUUCGGAAUAUUCUAUUCUCUACUAGACCACGAGACAGAUAACCCGAAUAUUGUUGUUGUUGUUUAAGGAUAAAAUGGUGGCUAAGGACAGUAAAAAAGAUCUAGGAGCCAAGGUGGAGUCGAUGAAUCCGUAUGAAAAACCACCUGAAAUAUCAACAAGUCAGUCUGUUAAAAAUUUUUUUUACAACAAAGAAACUGGAGCAGUUAUGGGAAGAACAGCCAGCAGUUGGGGAAAAGUUGGAAUAUUUUAUUUGAUAUUUUACGGAGUAUUGGCUGCAUUGGUUUCCAUUUGCUUUUGGUUCUUCUUCCAAACUCUUGAUGUCAGAAUACCAAAGUGGCAAUUGGAUCGAUCUAUCAUCGGAACAAAUCCAGGAUUAGGAUUCAGGCCAAUGCCACCGUCUUCAAAUGUUGAGAGUACUUUAAUUUGGUUUAAAGGAACUGAUCCUGAAAAUUACAAGCACUGGGUUAAUCAAUUGUCUGAUUUUCUUGAAGAUUACAAAAAAUUGGGAUCGACAGCAGGUCGAGGUGCUAGUAUCACAGAGUGUGAUUAUCACAAAUUCCCAAGUCCUGAUCAAGUGUGUGCUGUCAAUGUCCGACAAUGGGAGCCUUGCACCCAAGAAAAUUACUUUGGAUAUCACAAAUCUGGACCUUGUGUCUUCAUAAAGCUCAACAAGAUUUACGGAUGGAAACCAGAGUAUUAUACCGAUGUCCAAGAAUUACCGGAUAAAAUGCCCAGAGAUUUAAAAACUUUGAUCGGUAAUUUGACUGCACGUCAAGCUAAACAAUUGAAUACCAUUUGGGUGUCUUGUGGUGGAGAAAAUCCAGCAGACGAAGAAAAUAUUGGACCAGUUAAAUACAUUCCUCAGCAAGGAUUUCCUGGAUAUUAUUAUCCUUAUGAAAAUACCGUGGGAUAUCUCAGUCCAUUGGUCGCCGUUCAUUUUGAAAGGCCAAAGACUGGAAUUCUUAUAAAUGUCGAGUGCAGAGCUUGGGCAAAGAAUAUAAAACACAAUCGAAAUGAUAAAAUUGGAUCAGUUCACUUUGAACUUUUAAUUGAUUAAAUAUUAAUAAGUAUUUAUAUUUAAAAAAAAAAAAAAAAAUGAAUCUCAGAUGCACCAUCACAAUUUUUCACUAAUCAUUAUUAUCGCUUUAUACAUAUCCAAAAUUAAUAUUUAUAAAAGAA